AGCAACCGCCACCACCACCACCGUCGAACACUUGGCGCUUCCGGCCGCCCGCCCUAGCUCGCUCGGCUCGGCUCUCGUGGUCUUCGGAUAUGGCUCCCAGGAACGCCGCUGAGGUGGUUGGCGUGGCGGCGGACGGCGGCGGCAUGGAGCCCAGGUUCCGCGGCGUGAGGAAGCGCCCGUGGGGCAGGUACGCGGCGGAGAUCCGCGACCCGGCCAGGAAGGCGCGGGUGUGGCUCGGCACCUUUGACACCGCCGAGGCCGCCGCGCGGGCCUACGACAGCGCCGCGCUCCACUUCCGCGGGCCCAAGGCCAAGACCAACUUCCCCGUCGCCUUCGCUGCCGCCCACGCGCUGCCGCCGCCGCCGCCGCCGCCCAAGGCGCUGCUUGCGGCGGCGCCCGUCGUCAGCCCGACCAGCAGCACGGUCGAGUCGUCCUCCCGUGACACGCCGGCCGCCGCGCCGGUGGCGCCCGAGGCCCAGGUGUCCGCCGCGAAGCCUUCGCUCGACUUGAGCCUCGGGAUGUCUGCCAUGGUGGUCGCCCAGCCGUUCCUGUUCCUCGACCCCAGGGUCGCGGUGACCGUGGCCGUCGCGGCGCCGGUGCCUCGCCGGCAAGCCGUCGUCAGCGUCAAGAAAGAGGUAGCUCGUCUCGACGAGCAGAGCGACACCGGCUCGUCGUCAUCCGUGGUGGACGGCUCACCGGCCGUCGGCGUGGGGUUCGACCUGAACCUGCCGCCGCCGGCCGAGGAGGCGUAGGUUACGCACCCGAUGACGACGACACGACCCCACAAAUCCCUCGUAGAAAAGCCUAGAGCGACGUGUAAUAGUAAGAGGUUAAUCGUCCGUUUAAUUGCCAGGAUUGAUCAACUAGGUGUACAUAGAUUGUGUCCUUUUUGCACGGGGAGAUAGGCACGAGGAAAAGCUACUCCUCCCGGUGUUACAGUUCGUUUAAAAAAACGAAGGAAAAAAAAGAAACGAAAACAUUUUGUUGUUCAAUGUAACAUAUUGAUCAUCAAUCUCUGAUUAAUGAGAAAUUUACGUUAUUUUUGUUCUCAAAA